UUUGGCAGCGAACAGAAGAGCGAAAGCUUGCGAAUUACUGUGUGGUGAAAAAUCGCAAUUUUCAGCCUUACAUGAACAUUGGUGCUAUUCCACAGUAUUGUAAAAGAAGAGGAUACCACUCAUAGAUGCCACUGAGUUGAAUUUUUAACCAUAGACGAGGCGAAACAGGAUAAUUUUUGAGCCCCAGUGGAAGGUAGAAAACCGUCAACAACAACCGCCAUAUCUCCGCGUCCAGCCCAACCCAAGCCAUUGUUCAAGUCUGGGAUUCCCCGUCAAUUUGUAGAUCACGGCAACAUUAAUCGUUUGCUACUACAUUGCGCAAUUUACUAUUAUUGAACUUAGAACACUCUACGAAUAUGAAAAAAGAGAUUCGAAGCGCUGUCAACUUCUUGAAAAAUCUGCUCAGGACUCGUAAUAUAACUGAUCAGCGACUCGAUGUAUUUGCUAAACAACUACAUGAUGUCCUUAAGCUUCAUUAUCAACAGCACUGGUUUCCCGAAAACCCCCACAAAGGUAGUGCGUAUCGCUGUCUACGUACAUGUUGCAAUAGAAUGGACCCAUUAAUCGCCAGAGCAGGAGAACUUGCGGGACUCAGUCUCACGGAAUUGCACGAUCUGCUGCCAAAGGAACUGACGAUAUGGAUCGACCCAGCCGACGUAUCCUACCGUAUAGGAGAAGAGGGUUCCAUAUGUGUCUUGUACGAGUGCACGAAUAAUUCAACGAAAUUUUCAGCGGAUUUACUUCGGAGCUGCAAAGACGAAGUUAUGGGACUAAAUUUUACUGCCGAUCACCUACAUCCACGAUUUGCUGUGGCGGCUUGUUUAUAAAUUUAAUACCAGUUAACAACCAUGGACCGUCGACGAAGUACUAUCACCGAUUACUCAAUAACUUUUUGCCAAACCAACUUAACUUACUACAUUUGAAACAAAUUGCAAUAUUUUUCUGUUAGAGAUUUACAAUAUCCAUCUUCUACGAUUUAGGCGGAAUCACAUUUCCCACGUAACGUAAUAUUACCAUAGAAUACGUAUAUGCGAUUGAACCACCAGUCUAUCAUGUAAUACCAAAUCGUUUUGCGCUUUUAACCCAGGCCGUGUGAAAGCUUUGUUCUUUUCGACCUUAGCUUGGCCUACCAGUUGUAAGAGUUUGACUUCAGGGUUGUAGUUUUAUAUACUUAAGACUAUAUAUUACUUGUCAUGGAUUUACAUUCCGAGAUAUUUUGUUGUAAGAAAGAAGAAAACGUACAGAAAAAAAGACAGAGUUUCUAUGAAUAAAUUUUCUAAAGUUUUUCUCCGAGCAUUAAA